AUGGAUAUACAAGUAUGCCUGGAGAGAUGGACAUGCUAUCAAUCGAAUCUUUACUAUUUUUCUUCUGAGUGGAAGAGCUGGACUGAGAGCAGAAGAUACUGUACAGAGAGAGGAGCAGAUCUGAUCAUCAUAAUGGAUAUACAAUCUACUUUUGCUUAUUUCUGGAUUGGUCUAACUGACAAUGAUGAAGAAGGCAGAUGGAAAUGGGUUGAUGGCAGCACACUGACCUCUGGGUUCUGGAGUUCUGGAGAGCCCAACGGAUAUAAAGGACAGAACUGUGUUUUAUCUUCUCCAUUAGGAUGGAUUGAUUAUUCAUGUAAUUUGUCAUUUCAGUGGAUCUGUAAGAGGAGCACUUUAAAAUGAUUAAAUCACAUACAAAUCCCA